AUGCCAAAUCCCAGAUUGCCGAAGAGAAAGCGCAUUGGCCGGGCGUGUGACCAAUGUCGGCGUCGGAAGUCCAAGUGCGGCGGCGAGCAGCCCGUGUGCUCCAUCUGCCAGGCGGCAAACCGGACGUGCACGUAUCAAAAUAGCAGUCGACGAAGAGGGUUGCAAUCGGGAUAUGUGAGGAGCUUGGAGGUCGCGCUCGGGAUUAUCCUCGAACGGGUCCCUAAUAGUGAGAGCACGCUGCAGCGUAUCGUCCGAGGUGCUCGGGAGGGUAAGCGUCUCGCUUGCAGUGAGUUGGCCGACCGUUGGAGGAGGUCAAAGCCCGCCAAAGAGGUUAUUUACUUGAGUCAAGCAGAGGCUGGAGAUGAUGCAGGCGACAUUGUCUUUGAUGAUGAUGGGCUGGGAGAGGAUCUGGUGGAGAACUGCCUGGGUGAAGGAGAAGAAGGAGAGCAGAUGGAGAUGGAAAGGGAAGUCCCCAGACACAGCGGGAGAGAAGAACAACAGCGGGAAGACACUCCACCCCAACAUACUCCGAUAUCACUGGAUCUGCCACUUCCAGAUAAUACACCCGAGUUGGUGGAUUCCUACUUCCUUCACACCCAUUGCUGGUUUCCAAUAGUCGAACGCAGAGACAUCCUGCGCGUUAUGCAUACCCACUCGGGCUCACCAAGAGACUCUGCGUGUCGUCUCGUGCUCUGGGCCAUUAUUGCCUACACAUCUACCAUGACCCGAUCGCUCCGCUCGAAAAUACAGCAGUCGAUUCAAAUGCGACUCAUCGGGAACUAUGAGGGGACAGAACUGAGCCAUAUCCAAGCCCUCCUCAUCCUCGUCCUCUGUCAUCUUGACCGGGGAGAUCUCGAUCAGGCAUGGGUGCUUGUGGGAUACGCGACUCGAUUACUCGCCGUCUUGCCCGCGCCAGCGCGGACUCACCGUUCCAAGCAUGCUUUCGUUGGCUGUACCUUCCUUGACGGGAUCAUAUCGGCUCUGGUCCACAAAUCACCAGCUUUACUCGGACCAGAACACCAGGUCUGUGCACAGGUUGACGAGGAUGACGUGGAUGAAUGGGACACUUGGACCAUGACGAGACGAGUCCAGGGUGAGGAAACGCGAUUCAUUUCGAAGAGCCCUCUUCGUGCUCUGAGCACUUUCAACAUGAUCCACAAGUUCAUGCGGAUCCUCAAUCGCCUGCCGCUGUGCACCUCGGGCGUCAUCUCUGCACAUGAGGUCUUGGUAGACUUGCAACGCUUACAGAAGCAGAUAUCCGAGCAACGCCCAUACAAGGGCCGGGAAUAUGCUACGCCCCCUCUAUUGAUCCUUCAUCUCACUUCAUCUUUCGCCUUGUUACACCUGGUCGAGCAGUGCAAGCUGGAGGAUGCUUCCGCAGCCUUAGAGACGGCUCGGAACGUGCGCACGAUGGUCAACCUGCUUGAUGACUACGUGCAGAUUACCGACAAUUUCAGCUCAACCCCACUGCUUCGUUGCUUCACAUUCCAGGCUAGAAAGUCUUUAGAGACCUCAUCCCGAUGCUUCGGAAGUGACGAAGCGGGACAGCUGAAAGAUCGAGUUUCUCGUCAUGUGGACAUGCUGAAGCUCGAAGAUGCCGCCGGCGCCCGCCAGGACUCGGAGGUACCACUGUUCAGACACCGAGUAACAAGCAGUAUGUCUGGUCCUCCUCUCGAUACCCCCGCCCGGCAAGUGCCAGGCUCAGCAGUAGAACGUAGUGAUAUGGUGGUUGCACCAGUCAUACCCCAGAUUCCGACGUCCGCUUGGAAUGUUUCUGGAUCUUUGGCCACACAACCAGUGCAGACACAGGAAACCGAGGACUUUGAUGCCUUAUUCGAAGAGAUCAUGACGUCGAUCCCAGCCAGCAGACACGAACCCACAUUCGCGGAAAACCUGGGCUUCUAUGCGGGCAACAUGGACACAGACUUCCUCGAGCAGCUUCAGUAUAUACCCGAGGAUACUUGA